AUGUCGGGCAGCGGGGCGAGAGAGGCCGUCUUCGCGACGCGCCAGUCGCUGGGCAUGAUGAAAAGCAAGCUCAAGGGUGCCCAGACGGGCCACGACCUGCUGAAGCGCAAGAGCGAGGCCCUGACAAAACGUUUCCGAGAAAUCACCCGCCGCAUCGAUGAGGCAAAGCGCAAAAUGGGCCGGGUCAUGCAGGUCGCUGCCUUUUCGCUCGCCGAGGUCUCGUAUGCCGUCGGCGGCGACAUUGGCUACCAGAUCCAGGAAUCCGCCAAGCAGGCGCGCUUCCGCGUGCGCACCAAGCAGGAGAACGUUUCCGGUGUCUUCCUGCCGCAGUUCGAGAGCUUCACGGUCGAGCAGAACAACGACUUUGCCCUGACGGGACUGGGCAAGGGCGGCCAGCAGGUGCAGCGGUGCAGAGAGACGUACGCAAGAGCCGUCGAGACACUGGUGGAGCUGGCCAGUCUGCAGACAGCCUUUGUGAUCCUCGACGAAGUCAUCAAGGUCGUCAACCGUCGUGUCAACGCCAUUGAGCACGUCAUUAUUCCCCGCACAGAAAACACCAUCAAGUACAUCAACUCGGAGCUAGACGAGCUGGACCGAGAAGAGUUCUAUCGUCUGAAAAAAGUCUCCAAGAAGAAACAGAAUGAUGCUGCCGAAGAAGAGGCCGCGAGAAUGGCACAGAAGAACAAGGAAGCAGAGGAGACGAGCGCAGAGGCGUCGCAGCAAGCUGUCGAGACCAAGGACAUGCUUGGCGACGAGGACAACGAAGACGUCAUCUUCUGA